UAAUUCUUCUUAUUCGUAUUUAGCAAGCGUUGAUUUUAUGUUUGAAUUUUUAACCAAGGCGGUAACCACGUAAGUUUCUUCGUUUUUAACGACGAUGGGUUCAAACGUUCAAAGUACAAGUAAGAAGCCCAUCGGAUGGUAUGUUCCCUUGUUUGGACAUUGCAUUCAUAUGCCUGUCAUACGAAUUCAAAGUCCAAUACUCGCGUAAUCUCCCGACAGUUUAACCAUAACCUACAAAGUCUAUCGUCUGGUAUCUUAUUAGUUUCAAUCUAAGGAAAUUGACCUUUGAGCAGAAUACGAAAGAUGAUUCAAAAAUGUUGGGAUAAUGUAUCAACAGAUAACAAAACAAAACAUUGUCCCCGGCAAGUUUUUUUUGUUUUUUUUUACUGUCCUGAUAAAAGAAAACAUUUGAAAGUUUGGACUCGGUCUGUUGUUGGGCGAACCUUACUUCCUCUAUCGUGCGCUCACGUUCGUUAGUGUGAGGCUCAAGCUUCCCCAGAAAUGGAUGCCUCUCAGUGCCUCGUUUUGUUGUUUACCGCCCUUGUUUUCUUCGCCCUUUUGCGGAAACUGUUAUGGAGCCCUCAAGUCCCCGACUUUCUGCGUUCACCGUACACGCAACCUGGCCCGUGGUAUCCGUUGAAAAUCAUGGCCGCAAGGGUUUGGUUGACCUGGAAACUCAUCAAAAUUCCUCGCGUGUUGAAUAACGUCAUCGACCGUGAAUACGAUGAUGUCAGUUCGGAGGGAUACAAACAAAUAGGAAAGUUAGCACCUACUAACGCCGAAAUGGCAUGGGAACAGCCACAUCAGUUGAAAACUAUGAUUGAUCUUGAUGGAUUGUCUUUCUAUGGUACCGACGGUAGUGGUACAUUCCUUCAAGUGGCAAUUAACCGUUUAAUCAAUCGACAGGCGCAAGUGACGCUCUUGUUUACUGUCAAAGAUGGAACUGUCUACCAAUUACCAGUUGCUCCAGAUACUUUGAUCUCUAAUACGGAUGGCAGAGAUUCAUUUAAUAGCAAUGGUGCUUUAAAAUUUCAACUCAUUGAAGCCAUGAGGAAGUGGCGUGUCACAUUUAACGGCCUAGCUAAACGAAGACGCCAUGGAAAGGAAAGUGAAGUGCAUUUGAAAAUCAAUUUGCUUUGGGCUGCAUUUUCACGUCCGUUCGAAUUCAAGCGUGAAUUCAGCCGGAAGUUACUUGCACAAGGAAUGGCUCGUGAGCGUUGGAGAGGAAAGCUCGAAUGGUCACAAAUGAGUGAACCUACUGUUGAUGGAGUAGACCAGUGGGGUGUUCUGUGUGGAACGUAUCAGGAUAGCAGUUUGGGUGAUGAAAAAGAAAUUUAUCUUCGUAGUCUUCGUCAACGACGUUGGGGACAAAAUAACGCUUCAACACUGCGCAGAAAACUGGAUUUGAUUGGAACUUGUGAAGAUGGAAACUAUUUCUACCUAAGUGCAACCUCUGAUUCAGCCCGUCUUACACAUGAAGUUUGGGGUCACAUCUACCAACCUAAUGGCUUCCUUUACAAAAUUAAUGCAUGUGACUUAGAUUUGGAAAGUCUUGGAGAGAAGGGACCUUUUCCCAAUCAUUUUUCAAUUCAUUUUGCUGCCAAAAACCGAAAUUAUCACGCCGUAAUUCACUUGCUGCCAUCAACUCCGACCGAACAUUUUAUCGGACGUCCAUGGCGUCAUCGUAGUACGACAUAUCCUAGUCAGUUGACGUUGAAUUCACGACAAGGACGAGCUAUGCUUGUAGCAACUCAUUUUUACGACGGCAAUUGUCCGCUGGAAUCCGAAGAGUCAGUUCCUUAUUUGAGUGCACCAACGCGCCAGCCUUCUUCUGCCGAAUUAGAAAAACUAGUGCUAUUGUUUGAGGAAGAAGCUUGUCGCUUUGACAGUUUGGUGGGAGGCAAAGGAUCAUCUUUGGCCCUCCUUAGCAGUGACUUAAAGAAGUUUCCAGUGGAAUGCAAAGUCCCUGCUGGAUUCUGCGUUACAGUCAAUGCUUGGAAAGCACAACUGAAGAAUAACGAAGAAGUUGGAGCAGUUUUCAAACAUUUGGAAGAUGUAGCAACAGGUGUAGUUGAAGGUAAACUGGAGGAAUCUUGUGCUCAAGCCGAAAAACUUGUGUCGUCAGUUCCAGUCGAUGCCCUGCUGCAAGAUUGUAUCCGAGAGGCUUUGCAGGACAUUUUUGGCGAUGAUGCAGAACAAAGACGUUUCGCUGUUCGUUCGUCGGCCGUUGGUGAAGACGGCGACGUUUUGUCCUCUGCUGGACAAAAUAUCACCGUGCUUGGUUGUCAAGGAUUCGAUUCUAUCAAGAAAGGACUCCAAAAUUGCUGGGCAUCGCUACUUUCUUAUCAAUCAGUCGAGUACCGUCGUCAGCACGGAGAGCCACUCAUUCCAGGAAUGGGAGUAGUGAUUCAAGAGAUGGUGGAUGCUGAGGCUGCUGGGGUUCUUUUCACUGUAAACCCCAAUGAUGGUGACCCUGGAAAAAUGAUAUUAACGGCCAACUACGGUCUUGGCGAGUCGGUCGUUUCAGCUUCCGCGGAUCCCGACACGUUUUACAUAAAACGAACAGCAGCUGGAGAAUUGUCCGUCUCCUCUCGAAUGGUUGGAUCCAAACAAUCCAAAAUCAUUCUUUCUGAUGACGGAACGCGCGAAGAAAAAAUUACUGAAGAAGAUGCGGUUGCGUUGUGUUUGACCGACGACAAAGUCCUAGAAAUCGGACAACUUGGCGUCUAUUUAGAGAAGGCGUUUGGUGGCCCAAGAGACUUGGAAUUUGCCGUAUCUCGUGGCGCUUUGUAUUUGCUUCAGGCCAGACCAGUUACUGCUCUCGAUGCUUGGACCGAUUUUGAACUUCGUCAUGAAUUCGAUUCGCCCAUACUGACAGAUUCAGACUAUUUCACAAAAGCCAAUACUGGUGAAGUUUUCCCUGGUGCCACUUCUCCUCUUGGUUUAUCCGUUACUGCAAGUUCUUUGGACCUUAGCUUCCAGUUUGUAAUGAAAGAACAAUUUGGCAAACACUUUGAAGUCAAUCCGUGGUGUAUCGGGCGCUUCAACUUGUUUCAUCAAAACCAAGUGUUCAUUAAUGUUAUCGACACAUUCCAACGAGACAUUGAAGAAGAAAUCACAGCUCAUCAUCGUUCCGUUGAUAUGGCCAUUUUUGGACACUUGGUUUCAAACUCAACUAUGCAUCAAAUUGGGAAGCAACGUUUUGGCAUUGCUGGAUGGGGAGUGAAAUAUUUGAGAUUCAGGCACAUGUUCAUGGACAUGUGUUUCAAUAACAGGCGUGUCAAACGAGCUGUCCAAAAAUUCUCCGACUAUUCAAUUCCGUCCGAGAAGUACAUCGACUCACAGAAACUCUACGAUGAAAUCUGUAGUCAACUACCCCGGUUGCUGGAGAUCAGCAAUAUCCAUUUGCAAGUAAGCCGGGCUGGCACGAUAACACAGUUAAUUGCUUUCAUAAUUUUGCUGGACGGACGUGAUGAAUGGACGCCGGAAUUGUAUGGAGAAAUGGCACAGUUACUCAGUUCAAUCUCCAAUAUUGAAUCAGCUGAUGUUCCAGUCGCUCUCAAACAAAUAGCUCAAGCGAUUUUGAAGAGCGAAGAUGCCAAAGAAUUUUCUGAACACUCACCUGAAAUUGCUUCCGUUUGGCUUGAAACAGAUCCUGGCCUAGCUGGAAGAUUAUUCCGUUCUUUUAUUGCCCGACAUGGUCAUCGUGGCAUCAAAGAAUUUGACGUCGCCACCGAAACGUGGGCAAUGAAUACGCGACCUUUAGUUUCGGUUCUGCAAUCGAUGGUGGCUAAUCCAGCGAGUCUCGCUCCGACCUCCCAACCGACCAAAUCAAAUGACGAUUGGCUCAAAAUCAUCGGACAAAGCAAACCGGGCAAAUAUCGCGCCUUGAAAUUCUUCGUUCCACGAAGCCGCAACGCAGUAAUCGCCCGUGAGAAAACGAAAUCGCUGUUGAUCCGCACCAUUCACGUCUUCCGGAUGGCAUAUCGAAGACUUGCCCAUCUUUUAGUCCGAGAUGGCAAAAUCCCUGACUCGAAUCUGAUUUUCUUUUUCACGCAUUCGGAACUGCAGGAGCUCAUCCGUGCCAAUGGCGUUGCAUUAAUUAAUAAAGCGAAUAGGAGGCGGAAACUUUAUCCAGAGCUUGAUGCUCUCGUAUUUCCUGAGAUGUCGCUGGGAAUCCCCAAACCUUUGCAAGACUCGUCUUCAGAAGAAGUGUCGGUGGCUGAUGGCGUUCAACUGACGGGAACGCCAGUCUUUAAAGGGACCGUGCGAGCAACUGUCCGUGUCGCAUUGAAUCUGGAAGAGGCGAAACAGAUCCAAAACGGGGAUAUUCUGAUCACUCGUAGCACAGACAUCGGAUGGAGUCCAUAUUUCCCAUUAUUGUCUGGAGUGGUGACGGAACUUGGCGGUUUGAUUUCACAUGGAGCUGUUGUUGCCCGAGAAUACGGUUUACCAGCAAUCGUCGGCUGUAAUAAAGUGACUCAGGUCUUUCGUUCGGGUGAUGUCGUCAUCCUGGAUGGGUCAAAGGGGACGAUAACGCGUAUGGACGCAACUUAAUACCUCCCCACUUUGGAGAGAUUUCCGUCGUUCAUUACUAGAUACGUAUUACACCUUUUUUAGUCAUUAUUUCUAACGUUAUCCUUGAAUUUUAAAUAAUUGGUCAUGUAACUCCUUGUCUGAGAGCUGCGUGAAUCAUUUCCAACAGAAUGCUUCUAGUCCCAACAAUUAUCAUAUCCUCGUUUGUUCACUCUAAUUAUGACGUGUUCUUCAUUUCUUUAUUUUCAUAACGUCGUAAACCUUUGACAUUUCAAGCUCCUCCUAACCCCCCCAAAAAAACCUGUGCUUCAUAAUAAUAAUGAAAACAUGGUUCGUUAAAAAAAAAAGAAGUUAACGUAGCCCGGAGAUAUGUAAAACCAACUGUGACGAAUCGCAAUGUGUCGAUGACCCCUUGGAGCUACCACUGGUAAUGAAGACGUCCAUGUCUUUGCUCUAACCAA